UCGCGCGACGGAGUCAACAGAAGUUCGAGAGCGAUCAAAUGGAGAGGGUUGCCAGGUACGCAGCGGAGCGCGGAGUCGAUGUGCCUAGCACGGGUGGUGUAAGGGGAGGAGAGGCGGGGCGGCAGCCCGUGGAGGGAGCAUCAGGAGCGGUCGGGGGAGAUGGUGGAGGUGGAGACAUGGAGGAGGGCGCGAUCAACGUCGAUCGCGAGGCGCGUGUCCCAGGCGAGCAGGGAGUCCCGGGACACGAGGACGUGCUUGAGGUUUAUCCAGGCACUGGGGAGAGGAUGAAGGACUUGCGAGCAGCCAAGGGACCUGUAGGGGAGGGUUCUUCCAAGAGGAAGGAAGGUGGAACAGAUCCGGCCGCCGCCCCUGCUAGGAAGAGGCAUCGCCAGCAGAAGGUCAAUGACAUCUACGGUGGCGAGUGGGUUGCUCGCCACAAGAAGACAUUCCUUCGCUGGCUCUAUUCCAGCGGGGUCCCCUUCAAUGCCUUCCACAACCAGGCUUGGAAGGCAUACCAGCAGGUCCUUCUUGAGCAGCCUGGCAAUUCCCCGCGCGCUGUGCUCCCUAGCCAUAGCGAGAUUGCGAGUAUGCAGGCGGUGGAGACCCACAGUGAGGAGCUGGUGGAGGAGUUGGAGGAGGUGAGGCAGCCAUUCUGGAUCACUGGUGCUACCCUCCUCUCCGACGGGAGGAAAUCACGAGACGGGAGACCGAUCGUGAAUUUCCUUGUCGCCGGCUCGCGAGGGGUUGUCGUCUACACGACGAUCAAUCGCGAGGGCGAGCCGGACGAUGCAGUGCACGUCCUUCGGAGAUGGGUGACCAUCUUCUACGAGUUCAGUUUCGGCAGCCCGCAGCGGGUCAAUGCGAUAUGCACAGACUCCGCAUCGGCGUACGUGGGGGCUGCGAGGGCAUUGGCCUCGCCGGGCAUCCUUCCUGCAAUCAGGAGGAUCACUUGGCUUCCGUGUUCCAUCCAUGUCUGCAACAAAUUGUUGUCAGACAUGGGGACGAGUUGCGACGCGUUUGUGGACGCGAUUACACGCGCUCCUGUUCUGGUGGUGUUUUUCAAAACCCACCAGGCCGCCCUUUAUUUCUUUAGGAAGCGCAGCCCCAACAAGGGGCUUGUGCUUUCUUGCGAGACGUGGUUCGCGUCUGUUUAUUUUAUGUUGGAGAGACUGUUGGCCCUGCAGGACGCUCUGCAGGCGAUGAUGCGAGGGGAUGAGGGGCGGGAGUUUGCUUCUAUACCGUGGUCCGCCGAUGUGUGCGACAUGGCRCGUUGGRUGCGCCGGCRGAUCAGAUGGGAGCCUUGGUGGCACACGAUGGCCACCAUAGUCCACAUCAUGCAGCCCGUCAUGGAGCUGCUUAGGCGGAUGGAUCGUGGGGGGCAGUACAUGUCCYUCAUGAUCGAGUGGACACAGGAUCUUGUCCGCUGUGCUCGCACACAGCACAUGCUGGAGCCUGCUCACUGCGGGGGGUUCUUACUGAACCCCCGCAGGCGACAUGUUGAGUACUUUUCGGGCGAGGUGAGGGAUUACCCUCGUUGGCUUGUAAGGCAAGCCAAGAGGUACAUUUUGACGCAGACGGGUUACGAGGAGGAUGGUGUGGAGUACAUCAUUGCAUGUCGGCAGUUUGAGGACUUCCACAUGCAGCAGGGCACAUUUGGGGAUUGGGGACGGGGGGAGGGGCGUGCUCGUGGGCGUGCUUGCAGCGGCGACAGGGAGACGAUUGAGUGCACGUCCUGGUGGUCUCAGUACGGGUCUGGCGCACCUGAGUUGCAGCGCUGCGCUCUUCGUGUGAUGCACAUGUGGUCUUGCGCGUCUCCAGCGGAGAGGAACUGGGCAGUCUACGAGGGCAUUCACACGAAGAAGCGCAACCAGUUGGCCUUUGACAAGGUCGUUCAGCUCGUUGAGAUCACCGUGAAUGUGCGGUUGUCGGAGUAUCGGUGGGCUGGGUGCGGUUAUAUGCUGCCAUGGCAGCGGGACGAGGGCAUGCUAGACUGCCAGGCCGGACAAGAGUUGGAGCCAGUGCGCACGGGCACGCGCAGGGGGAUGACGCCGGAGGAGAUUGCCUGUCAGGUUGCGCUUAUCACCCGGGAUCCCAUCGGGGUCUCCGCACCACCCGCCGCUGAGGCCGUACUCGGUAGACGUGCUUCCAUUUUUCGUCCUUACCCCAGGGAGGAUGAUUCCGACGAGGAGCCGGUACCCGAGGCAGCGGACCACCCCGCGCUCCGCAUUCCCCGUGAGAUCGACGAGACGCACCUGGACCCCGAGGAGGACACCAGGGCGCAUACUGCACGACGGGCGGCUGACAGGGCGGAGAGGGAGAUGAUGGGGGGAGAGGAGGAGUUGUGGGGACGGUUCGGGGAGGUCGCUUCGACGGGCGGCACAGGAGCGCGGGCGACGAGCUCCGCUCCGACGAGGCAGGAGUCGUCCAUGCUGCCACCUUCUGCUCCGAGUCCUGCAUCGCCAUCGCCCGUCGCGCCAUAUGAGCCGACCACGGUAGCAGAGAACACGGAGGAGUUGGCGUCCUCUUUGCCUCAGCGCGGACUACUCCACAGAGGCAGGGCAGUCCGACAACUGAGGUUACGAUCACCUUCUCCGGGGGUCUUGCAGGAGGAGGGGGGACCGUCGGCAGCAGCAGUGGAGGGGGAGAUGGCAGUGGAGGGGGGAUUGGCGGACGCGACGAUUGCAGGUGUGGUGGACCAGAAAGUUGUAGCAGCAGCGGCUUCAUUGCUAGAGGAGAUGGCAACUUCGGCGUUGGCGGAGGAGGCACCAGCGCCAGGGGGAGCAGAUGCAGUGGAGGGGCAGGCGGGAGCAGCGGGAGGAGUAGCGGAAGGAGCAGCUGGAGGAGCAGCUGGUGGAGCAACUGCACUGGAUGGGCUUGUGGCUGCAGCAGCAGGAGCAGCGAGACGAGGGUCGGAUGCAGUGGGGGGGGGAAUGCCAGGAGCAGUGGAGGAGGAGAUAGGGGCACAGGCGGAGGUGUCGCGUGGGGGCGGUGACGAGCGCCUCAUGCAGCAGUUCCUCACGGAGCAGUACGAUCCGGUCAUGGGGAGUAUGACCCCAGGUGUGGCGAGGGGGUUGGGGAUGUCGGAUUUGCAGAUGGGGAGCCACCUGGACUUAGAUUUGUCGAUGGGCCUUCCACCUAGUUGCGGCGGGGCGACAUCGACGGAUCGCGCUCCAUCAAGGGACGACGUAGCUGGAGAGAGUCUCACGCAGCCCCAGAGAGUGACGAUGACUGCGUCUCCAGAUGUGGCACGCGACAUCCUAGAGCGAGAGAGGGCUCGACUUAUGGCAUCGACUAACCCGCGUGCUCAGGCAUUCGCACGGGCGUUGGAGGAUGCGAGGCGGCCGACAAUCGCAGUCUUUGACCAGAGGCUACAGCAUCCACCAUGGCAGCCGAUCCCUCCAGUUCCAUGGGGUCCUGCAUCGCCGGUGUGGUCUGGGUCUACCUCCACCGGAGCACGUACGGCAGGGGAUGUUACAGGGGUUUCUGGUGGCGUCGUGGAGACGGCGCCACGUACACGAGACAUGCCACCCCCUCCUCCUAGACCACCUGUAGGUGAUCCGUCAUCGUCGCCCACAGGCAGAGGCUCUCGAUCUCCACACACGCCUGAGAGGUCUAGGAUUCGGGACACUACAGCCAUUGUGGGGGACGUGAGUGACACAGCAUUGUUCGGGAGGACAGACAUAGAUUUGGAUUCCACCCGGCGUGUCACGGAGCACACUGCACGUCUACAGCCGGGUUUGGGACCCCGCGACGGCAGGAUGACCGCAGCGAGGGAGGUGGCAGCAUCAGGUUGUGAGCCUCAGCGAGGUCGCGACAGAGGAGUGUCCGCCGAUAGCUUGGAGUACGCUCUAAUGGCAGCGACGCGUGCCGUACAUGAGCAAACUCCACGCAAGCGCGAAGUGCCUCCUCGUCCACGCCCCGUGCCCGCAGAGGGAGGAGAUGCACUUGGAGAGACUUCGGGGGCAGAGGGGUUGGGGAUGCCUCGUGGAUCGCGCCGUGAGCAGACGGUUACAGAGGCUAGUGCGAGGGUUGUUGUGUUGAGGAAGGCAGGAGCCCCUGUCACCAUCGAGGAGGAUGAUCCUGAGACAGAUGUGGCAAUGCGGGAGGAGGACGAGGACGAUGAGGGCAAGGAGGAGGGAGAGGAGGAGAGCGACAGAGGUUCCGAUGGUGACUACGACCACGACGAGCACGAGCCCCCACCUCCCCCACCGAAAGGCGCAGCCAGACGGCGCAGCCAGACGGCGCGCUGCGCAGACUUCUUCAUCAUCACGAGGGAGGAGGAGUUCGACAUCCGGCACGCGAGGGGAUACGGGGAGACAGAGCGGGAAGGGGAAGAAGCGUCGUUGACUGAUGAGGCCAACACUCAGUUUUUCCCCUGCUCGCACUGAGGUUCGUCAUGUUGUGCGGUCCUAGUUUUUUUGGUCGUCUCGUCUUGUCUUAGUGUUGUUAGGCUCUCAGUAGUUGUGUGCGUGCAGCGUGCUACAGAUGU